AUGGAAUCAUAUAGUCGUGAUUGGAUGCUAUGCAAGAAAAAUGACCCCAAGUAUAGAACUGGUGUGAAGAAGUUCUUAGAGUUUGCUUUUACACAAGGAAAAGGAAACCAAGUUGUACCAUGUCCUUGUGUGAAAUGCAACAAUGAGAGGAGGAAAACCAGGCCGGAAAUAGAAUUAGAUCUGCUAAAGUUUGGGAUUGUUAAGAGUUACACACGUUGGGUACGACAUGGUGAAAGCUUUGAAUGCCAAGUUGAUGCAAAUGCUUUAGAUGACUCGCAUCAAAAUAUAGAGCAUAAUUACAUGAGUGACAUGUUGUAUGAAGCAUUUGGAAUGGCGACACAAGAAGUAGAUGCUGAGGUUGGAGAAGCUGUGGAUGCAAAGGCUAAUGUUGGUAUUCGAGGAGAUCCAAUUGAAGAAGCCAAAACAUUUUAUAAAUUAAUGGAAGAACUUGAGUUGCCGUUAUAUCCAGGCUGUAAAAACUUUUCAAAGUUGUCCUUUCUGCUUAAGUUAUUUCACAUAAAGUGCUUAGGGGGGAUAACAGAUAAAAGUCUUUCUAUGAUUCUUGAUCUGGAGAAUGAGUACGAAAAGCUGAGACUUCAAAGGAUUGAAGCUAAUAACACAAAGCUGGAGAAUCUAGGUGUGAAGCACAUCAUGGCUAGCAUGAAGCAGAAGAAGGAGGUGAGUAUGAUCAAGAGUAAAGCUACCUUAGAUGAAGAUAGUGACUACUCACCGGAGGAUGAUCUUUCGGAUGAUGGAAAUGACGAGGAAGCCACUAUUGCAAACAAGAAAAGGAAGGCACAUAACCAAGACUGUGCAAAUAAGGGGACGAAAAGGAACUUCAUUUUACCGGGUGCAAUCGGCUCUCUGUUGACGCAGAGCAAAAACGUGCAAGGGAAAGGAAACAAAGGGGGAAAUGUGCAGCUAACAGCAGCCCUCAAAGUCAUACAGAAAGCGAUCAAUAGUCAACAGGAGGCGGAAGUUCAAGACAAGAUGGACUUUGAUGAAGAAAUGAAAGAGUCCGAUGAAAUUGGGAAGGCUGAUGUGGGAGAUAGUGAAUUUCAUGAGCGAGAAAGUGAUGGAAUCAAUGCAAGGGAAUCCCAAAAAGCAAUUGACCAAGAAGGAAAUGCAAAAACGAAGAAGUCAUAUAAAACCAAAACACCAAGAGGUCCUACAAGAAAUUUACAACUGGCUAAAAUGAGACCCGGUGAGAAGAUAAAGGUAGAUUUUGAUGUUAGUGGUCAACCAAUAGGUGUCAACAGAGCUAAGCUGUCAAGUUACUGUGGUUCCCUCGUCAGAGAUCCUCUGAAUGCGCCACUUUAUCGUAUUGAAGAAUUUUCACAAGUUCCACAAGAGAAUAAAGAGAAGAUGUGGAAGCUCAUUUUGGACAAAUUUGAUAUUGGGCUGGAUGAUGUUAAAGAUCAAGAUGAACGUGAAAAGAAAAUAAAAGAUAAGAGGAAGUAUAUCAUGACAUCUUUGAACAAGAAGUAUCGGAAUUUUCGUGCACGUUUGAAAAGAGAAUAUUAUGACACUGAAGAAAAUGAUGACGACAGACUGAAAGAAGAUAAUAGGCCCCCAAGUGUUGACGAAAAAGACUGGGAGUGGCUUGUAUCAUACUUUGGCACUCCAGACUUUCAGAAAAAGAGUCGCAGAAACAUUGAGAAUAGGUCAUACCUUGAUGCCGGACAUACGGCAGGAACAAAAAGUUUUGCACAAAAAGCACAAGAUAUGUUUGAACGUGACAAGGUAAUGCCAGGAUUAUUGGAAUUGUACGAGGAGACUCAUACUAGAAGCGACAAAACACCUGUAACUCAAUCGGCACAGGACACCAUGAAUGAAAUUAAGCAGCUAGUUGAGCAACGAAACAAUUGGAAACAAAAAUGA